AAUAGUCCGUCCGAGGCUGGAUUUGGUAUCAAUUCACUUUCGGCUCUCUAUUGGUAGUAUCACCCCCCAGAAGCCAAAACCCAAGAAUCCAUCCACCAAGGAACCACACCCCCUAGAAUUUCCAGUAUGAAGGCAGUCUUUGCGAUUGCCCUCGUCCUCUGCGCUGCUGCUGCAGCGUCGAGCGACCGAGAGGCAUGGAACAACAAGCACGAGUUGGUGUUCCGAGUUGAGGGUCAAACCACGGUUGGCCUCCCCCUCCCCACUGUUCGUGGACAAGGUGUCAAGGUUUCCCAAACUGUCAGAAUCGCCCGUCAAUCGCCUAGAACCUACUUGCUCAAGCUUGAAGACAUCGACGUGAAGGAACUCCAAAACGAGCUUUCCGACGCUGGCGGUUCAUCUUCUUCUUCCUCCUCUGAAUCCAAAUCUGGAUCUUCUUCCUCCUCCUCCUCCUCGGAAGAGAAGCAGGUCGAACUUCCCUCCGCUAUCCGAUCCAUUCUCCAGACCCCCAUCGUGAUCCAAGUCGCCUCCCAAAAGGUGGCCUCCAUCAACGUCAAGGAAGGCACUCCCCGCUGGGCGAGGAACAUCUUCCGGGCCAUCGUUACCCAAUUCCACUUCAUCUUCGAGCAACAGUCCGAACUCCCCACUGGAGGACGACCAAGCUGGGAUAACACCUUCGAGAUGAAGGAAAAGGAGCACCUCCUUUUCGGAAAGUGCCCCGUUCAAUACAAACAGAAGGAUUUGGGCCGAUUCAAGUCUUCCCAAGAAGAAGUUAGGAAACAAUUGGUUGAUGCCCUUAAGCAAUUGGACAUUGUUGGAAUCUCUUCCUCCAAAUCGUCCUCUUCAUCCUCCAGCUCGUCUUCGUCUUCAUCUUCCUCCUCCGAGUCCAAGUCCGACUCCGAAUCCAACUCUAAGGAAUCCAACUCCUCUUCCGAUGAGCGAUCCUCUUCUUCCGAAGAGCUCGAAGACCAACUGCCCAAACUUGCCCGUCAAAUGCACAUCUCCUCCCAGGCCGGACAACUCUGCACUUCCGAUGAGCGACUCGUCCUCGUCGUUAAGAACGUCAACCUGACCGGAUGUGACCGCAUCGCUGCUCUCGACAUGGGACACCCCGCCCUCGAGUUGAACAACACCAACCCAUUGUACUCCCGAUCUGCCGUCUUUGUCUACUUUGGAUGUUCCUCUGGCGCCAACGUUGACUUCAAGCCCCUCGUCAUCAUCGCUGCUGACACCCUGAAUGUCGGUUUGGAGAAGAAGGAACUCCCCUCUUUCAAGCAGAUCACGACCCAGAUUGCCUCCCUCAAGGAAGUCCGAACCUCCUCCUCCAUCCAGAAACCAUCCAAGACCAUCGAGGUUUCCAACUUGGAGUACCAAUUCGGUGCCUGGAAAGAGCUUCCCCGUGGUGAAGAUUUCUUCUCCCACAUCGCCAUCCAGAAGAAGGGCCGCGCUUUGAGGGCAUCCGUCUCCGAGUCGUCUUCCUCCUCUUCCUCCCAGUCCGACUCCAACUCCUCCUCCAACGAGGACUCCAACUCUUCCUCCGACUCCAAGUCCGACUCUGAGUCCAACUCCCAGGAAUCCAACUCAUCCUCCGAUUCUGACUCUUCCUCCUCCUCUUCCGAAUCCAAGAGCGGAUCUUCCUCUUCUUCAUCUUCCUCCUCCAGCUCCUCCUCAUCCGAAGAGCUCGACGAGAUCUUCGCCCCUCUUGAAUUCUCCCAAUUGUCGGUUAACGACCGUGCCGAACGUGCCAAGGAAAUGCUCCGAGAUGUCGUCUCCAUGUUCCGCUCCUCCCGCCCAGGAGAUGCUCCAUUGAACGUGCGCAAAAUCAUGGAAAAGUACAGGACCGUCAUCCGAUUGGUUCGAUCCGUCCCGAAAGAAAAGUUGGAGAAGAUGUACGCCUCGAUCGUGAUUGAGGGCAAGAGCACCAACUCCCGCGGAUUGAUCACCCUCUUCUUCAACGCUCUCCUCAUCUCCGGAACUUCCCCAGCUCUCGCUGUCUGCGACGAUUUGGUCCGAAAAAGCCAGGUCGACCCCGUCCAAAAGGUCCACUACUUGCUCGGAGUUCCCCGAUACACCCGAUUCCCAACCAGGAAGUUCAUCCAGAUGUUCAAGAAAACCGUCGAGACUGUCCGAUCCCAGGAUCGCGUUUACGGUCAAAUUGGUCUCUUGUCCCUGUCUUCUUUGACCUACCAGGCCUGUGUCAACUCUCGCGUCGCCGAGGCCAAAUUCCCCGUCCAAAUCUCUGGCUCUUUCUGCGGCCCAAGCUUCGCCAAGUCUGAGGUUUACGAUUACAUCAACUCCCUCUGGCAAUCAACCAUGUCCGGCUCCAAUGACGAACAGAAGGCCGUCCUUCUCUCCGCCGUCGGUAUUUUGGGACACCCCGCCGCCGUUCACAGCCUCGAACAAGUGAUCCUCUCCCAAUCCCAGUCCACCUUCGUCCGAACCAAGGCCAUCUUCGCCUACAAGCGAUUGAUCUUCUCCACCAACGGAAACGAUGCCGUGACCCGAAGCCUCGUCCGCUCCACCGUCCUGCCCAACCUGAUGGCCCACGUGCAGUCCACCUCCCUCCCAACGCCCGUCCGUAUGGCUGCUGCCGCCCUCGUCUUCGCCUGCGAACACUCCGUGUCCCAACACUGGUCUCAAAUCGCACGAACUGCCACCUCCUCCAACGUCGAGUUCCAAUCCUUCAUCGCCUCCUCGAUCCAAUCCAUGGCGCAGAUGGACACCGUUGCCGACAACCACCACCGCAUGAAACAUAUCGCUUCCCAAAUCCAAUCCGAAGUUUCCAACCUCCGUGGGGCCGAUGCUUACCAAGGAAUUUCUCAAAAUCUCUACUACGCUGAAGAGGUCGGAGAGAAAUCCGAGAUUGAAUUCCUCGCCCGAUUCGCCCUCCUCAAGUCUUACCGAUCCAACGAGUACCUCCACCUUUUCACCAAGGGAUCCUUCAACCUUGGAUCUGACCCUCUCGAACUCACCCCACUCGCCGUCUCCCUCACCAUGCAGUCCGAGACGAACGACAUCUGGAAGCAGAACGACCUCUACGCCACCGUCUCCUUCUGGAACGAGAUGUUCAUCACCACCAAAUUGUCCGCCGACUCUUUGGAGAAACUCGUCAAGGGAACCGAAAUCGGAAGAAUGAUCUACGUCUGGUUGGACGAGCUUGACUCCAACUCAUUGAACAGGAAGGUCGAAGAGGUCUCUUUCCAGAAGGCUAUUCAACCAUGGGAACAGGUCCGAGAGGUCCCAACCAUCCUCGGAUUCCCCGUCUCCUUCAGAAUGAACAUGCCCAUGAUCAUCUCCACCGUGGGACAGAUCGCCAUCAAGGGACAAGGAAGCCAAUCCCGCGUCCAUGCCGAUGUUUACCUUAGCGCCGUCGGUCAACUCAAGGCCCGUCUCACCGCCAAGGUUCCAUACACUCAACGCUACUACCAGGUCGGUUACGAGAGGAAUGUCGCUAUCGAGCUGCCCUUGAGAAUCGUUGCUCAACGAAGCCAAAGCCAAGCCGUCCAAUUCGCCGUGACUCCCACCCACUUGGAAAAUCAUGGUACUCCAUCUGGACAAAUCCGAAUCUUGUCCUACUCUCAACUCCCAUACACCGCCGUCAUCAAGGACCCAUGGGCCAAAUCCUUGUCCCAAAAGUACGAAGACUUCGACCUGAUCAGGACCGGAAAGCAGUCCGAAUCCACCCAGAAGGUCGGCAGGGAAGAACUCGGAAUCAAAUUCGUGUACGAAAAGGAGGCCGAUCGUCCCACCCAAGUAUCCAAAUACUGGACCGCCUUCACCUACAACAACAUGAACCUUACCGUUGACCUUUCCGCCUCCAAGACCAACACCGUCCUCCUCACCCUCGGACUUGGCCGAGCUUCCCAGCUCUCCCAAUCUUCCGCUUCUUCCUCCUCCUCCGACUCCAACGAGAGCUCCAACUCCGUCCAAGGAAACUCCGUCGAGGUUGGCACCAACAUCAACCGAGGAAUCGUUCUCGCCGCUGCCAUCACCGGAAAGCGAGCCGUCGUCCAACCUCUGGACAAGAAGGCGACCACCAUUGAAGAAAUUGACAACAAGAACGCCAAGAACACCUUCCAAUACUUGAUCCAGACCGUCAUCUCCAACGAAAUGGAUGCCGGAUUUGUUCGCAUCGCCAGAGGCAAGGCAGCCGACAAGGUCGCCACCACCAUGCCACAAUCUGGAGGUCUUCGAGUCGUCCGAGAGGCCAUCACCGAGUCUGACAAUGAGUCCCAACAGGAAUCUGGAUGCAUCCAGGUCAACCACAAGGUUAAGGGUGGAUCCAGCAAGAACACCAUGCUCGGAAAGACCACCAUCGAAAUCGGUCAAACCUGUGCCCAAUCCGACUUGAAGGAUUACACCAUCGAUUCCAUCGUCAAGAUCGCGCAGGAAGUUGAGGCCCAAUUCGAACUGAGAGGCACCCACAUUCCCUCCUCCCUCCAACAAGCCGCCCAACAACUCCAAGCCGUCGUUCAACAAUCCAACCAACAAGCCGUCCGUGCCCAAGUUCAAGCCCACCCAUUGAAGGUCAAGCUCAACUACAGCCCAGCGGCCCACUCCCACUCCAGGAGACAACAACAACACCAACAACAACAACAACAACAACGCCAGCAACAACAACACCAACACUAAAUUACGACCCCACGCCCCCCACCGACCCAACAAUGAUGAAAUGACCCGCUGGAACUUACUCUGUUCGUUCAAGUAACUCUUGCGGUACUACAACUAACUAACUACUUAUUUAUUACACCUCAUAACACGUUUUCCUCCCUAAAUUAUUUAUUUAUUUGUCACACCAUUCAUUUGUUCAGUAUUCAUUGAUGUAAUGUAAUGAUGUGCAUUUAAACAAUUUGAUAAGAAGUCUUAAUAAUAACCAGCAUUCAUAAAAUCUAAAAAAAA